GCGAAGCAGCAGAUCGAAUGAAACGUAGUUGCAUUUCACAAACGUUAUUUGUAACCUAAACUAGUUUAAUAUUACACAAAAUUCAACGCCCAAACAGUGCGAGUUGUUCGUGUUAAUAACUUGGUUAAUUGUUGGCCAUAUGUGAAGUUUAUUUUGUGUGCCAUAUUACACGCAAAUUGUACAUUUUGGUAAAUCAAUAUAAGACCGAACGCUGCGCAAAAGUGAAAACGAAAAAUAAUAAACGAAGCACGCGCAAUACAAUAGCAAAGUAAUGCCGCAUCCACACUCCGAUGAUGAGUCGUUGGCACCGCCCAAGGCAGACUUUAGUGCGCCACCGCCAUACGAGGCAGAGGCGCCAAGUGCUGCGCUGCCGGCACAGCAUCCCAACAUGGGCAUGAAUGUACAGCUGCAGCAUGAGCAUGGACCACCACAAGGAGAGCUGCCGCAGGAGCUGCAUAGCAAGCUGCCCACUUAUGAGGAGGUGCAAAUGGAGAAAUCGCUGAAUGGAGAGCUGCCGCCCGCAUUUUUAACGCUGCCUUCGACACAACAGCUGCCGCCGCCGCCGAAUCCGUUGCUGCCGCCCAAUCCGCUGCGUGACGGACCGAGCGGUGUGCGUGGAGCGCAGCCCGCUUUGACUUUUAUCGCCAUCGAUGCCAGCGAUCCAGAGAACAGUCUGUCCACCACGGACAAUCUGUUGGGCACAGAUAUUAUGUUCAUCACAGCGUUUAUGGUCGCAUUUCUAUUCAACUGGAUUGGCUUCUUGAUGCUCACCUGUUUCUGUCACACAAUUGCCGCUCGUUAUGGCGCACUCUCUGGCUUUGGGCUGUCGCUGGCCAAGUGGACGUUGAUCGUUAAGCACUCGACGGAUCUGGCCUCGCACGAGAACUCCUGGCUGUGGUGGCUAAUAUGUGCCUUUGGUUUUCUCAUUGCCAUACGCGCGCUAAUACAGUAUGUGAGCAUUAAGCGCUCGUGGCGCCUGCUCUCUGCCUCUGCCCAGGAGCGUUUGCUCUUCUUCUACUAAGGCAGCGAAGCCUCGGGAGCGAGGCGCUUAGUGUAAAUACCUGAACUGUAUGCGAAGUGUAUCUUAAAUCAACGAAUCCUGCGUGCGUGCGUGCGUUCUUUCCGCCUUCUGUUAUUUUUGAUGAUCCAAGCGCAUAAUAGUUAAAUAUAUAUAUAAUUAAGUAUAUAUGUACGCAAAUCAAUUUCUUUAAUCCUAUUGGUUAGUGUUUCCGUAGUUGCUGUGUUCAAAUAGCGCAAAUUAGUCCACAAAUUCGUUAAUGAUAGCCUAAUAAUAAUAAUGUUGAUAUAUAUAUGCAUAUUUUUGGAGACACCGAAGCACAAUCCCAAAAAGUAAAACUCCCACUUGAUGUAUGUGUAUAUGUAAUUGUACUAUGAAUGUCUCACCUAAGUAGCUUCUGUAGUAGUCCAAGUCCACGCAAAAAUAUGCCUUCAUAUUUUUGUUAAACUUAUUAUUAAAUUAUGGUACUUAAACAACUUGAAUCACAAACAAACACAAACAACACACAAAGCCCGCAGUACUAAUUAUGCAAGCAAGAAAAAACACUAUUAAAUUUAUGUUUAUCGCUAAUGUUUACAAACUUAUUAAAUUUAAUCCAAUUUGUAUGUAAAUUAAAUGAACCAAUGCAAAGGACGCAUAUGUUAAAUGUGCGUCAAUUUUAUGCAAAUUAAAUCAAUAAAACGUCUAAAAGUUUUAGAAAAUG